AUGAGUGAUCCAUGUGAAUGUUUUUUCAAUCAAGAAGCCGCUGUUCAAAGACUUUUAGCUAUUGUAAGUUCAAAAGAUUUAGAUGAGAAUUCUUCAAAGAAAAUCUGUUUUGCAGCUCCGAAACUCUCAAAGUUUGUGCACAGAUUCGGAAUGUUUACCAGAUGGUUUGGCUGGAGGAUCGGGUGAUCAGACGAUUAUGCUGUGGACUUUGUUAUGGACAGUUUUGGCGAUGGGAUUGUAUUUUAUGCGACCGAAUUCGAUGAGAUCUGGAGCGGAGAGACAACGAAAUAAUGAGGAGGCGAUUUUGGAGAAACCAACUUCUUCUUCGAAUGUGAGUUUUGGACAAAUUCAAAUUGGACACGAUUUUUAAGAUAUUUUGAGAAGUUUUGAAUCUGAAUUAGAAGAUAUUCAUAUUCAGAACUUUUUCAAAACAUCGGGUUCUGUGACAUAAUUUUGAGACUAAAAGGGCCCUGAAGCAAUAAAAACUAACUCAUCUUCCAAUUUAUCAAAAUUUCAAAUUCUAGGAUCAACCACCACCUCCUCCACCUCCAUCAGCCAUGUAA